AUGCACAUUAUCUCCCAACUUGCAUCCAAGGUUUCAUCACCCAUUGGACGCAUGAAAAAGCCAGCACGACUAUCAAAACAAAAACAGCACCGAAAGGAUGGAAGUACCGAGAAGAUUUCACUACGUGGGCUCACAACCGACGACUUUGAGAAAUUGUCUGCGACGAGCAACGCGUCGUCCGGAGCCAGCAGCCUGGAAAUCAAGCCUUUGUGUAGUCUCCGGUCGAACCGAAGGCUGGAUGUUCCAAGCAUAGUUGAAUUCAAGACAGUGGUAGAAGAUAAAGAGAUGCGGCGGCUCCUUACUCACAAGACCAAGGCCAACGUUACUCUGUAA